AUGUCUCACGCCCUGAUCUUUGGAGCCUCUGGGAUAUCUGGCUGGGCGCUGCUCAACCAAAUCACAACGUAUCCUACCCCGACUACCUUUUCUCGGAUCACUGGUCUUUCAAACAGACCCCUCACUCUAGAUCAGGCACAGCUUCCAGCCGACUCGCGACUGAAUCUUGUGAGCGGGAUCGAUCUGACUAAAUCGGUCUCUGAGGUUGUGAGGUUGUUAAGGGAAAGGGUCGAAGAUGUAGAAAGCAUCUCGCAUGUUUUCUUCACCGCAUAUAUCCAGACUGGGGACUUUGAAAGCCUCAAGAAAGUCAACACAGACCUCCUGAGAGUUGCCAUUGAAGCGGUAGAACAAGUUUCAACCAAACUCGAAUCAUUCGUUUUACAGACCGGAGGCAAAGGCUACGGUCUAGAAUUCCCCGACAAAGUCAACAUUCAAGUCCCCCUCCACGAAUCCACACCUCGCAUCCCCAAACCCUACGCCAGCAAAAUCUUCUACUACACCCAAUACGACCUCCUGACAGAAAAGUCGCGCGGAAAACCCUGGACGUUUACCGAAAUCCGUCCCGAUGGCAUCAUAGGCUUUACGCCCACGUCCAACGCAAUGAACCUAUCCCAAGGCAUCGGUCUGUACCUCUCCAUCUACAGAGCCGUACACGGCAAACACGCCGUCGUAACUUUUCCAGGCAACGUGCGCGGAUACCAUUCUACGCACUCUGAUACGUUCCAAGACGUGCUUGCCAAGAUGGAAAUCUACGCUGCGACACAUGCAAAAGAGUGCGGCAACGGCCAGGUAUUUAACGUUGCUAAUGGCGCAGCAUCUGUUACCUGGGCGCAGAUAUGGCCAAAGCUAGCUGAGCACUUUGGUCUCGAGGGCCAAGUUCCUCCUGCUGCGCCUGAUGAUACCACUGCUGCGACUGUUCCGAUGGAGAAAUUUGUCAGGGAUCAUAUCGAGGCGUGGAAGCUGCUUGCGAAGAAGCAUGGGCUCAAGGAAGCUGUUGUCGAUGAGCAGAAUUGGGCGUUUGUGCACUUUAUGCUUGUGCAGUUUGAUUUUGAUAGGCAGUAUGAUUUGAGUAGGAGUCGCGAGGUGGGAUUCAUGGAGGAGAUUGAUACGGCGGAAGGGUAUUUCAUUUCCUGGGAGAGAAUGAGGAAGGCGAAGAUUUUACCGCCCGUGGAGGCGUAG